ACCAUCCUGGAAGUUACUGAUUUUCUGUAUUACAAUUUGCUCAACAUCACUGAGAAGAUGAAUCUGUCACUGAUGGACAUGGCUGUGAAGGCUGCGAACAAACUGACGAUCACAGGUAUUCUCACCCUUGACGCCAAGAGGUUCACCAUCAAUGUUGGCCACGGGGAGAGAAACAUUGCCCUGCAUUUCGAUGCCCGCUUCAACUACCAAGGGGACCGUCGCAUCAUCAUCUUAAACUACAAGCGCGAUGGCAACUUUUCCACCGAGAAGAGGAUCAAACAUUUCUUCUUUCAGCAGGGAAAGGAGUUCCAGAUAACAAUCACCUUCAACCAUGAUGAAUUUCAUGUUACGAUCCCUGAUGACUACCCGGUGCCAUUCCCCAAUAGUUUUGGUGAUGAUCAGUUCAAGUUCAUCCAAGUACUGGGGGAUAUAAGACUCAAGAGCUUCGACAUUGAAUAAGCAAGUCUACAGGCACUGGAUCUGCCCUGUCUGGCUGCUGAUUGGCUGUGAUCUGUGCCCUAUCCUCAAUGAAGCUUAACCAUGAUGCUUAUUGUUAACCCCACCAAUGCAGUAGUGACUAUACUUCGUGCUCCUUCUUGCUAUAUGCCUCUGUUUGCACAAACCUGUACAACUUCCCCAGCUGGUCUUCUGAAGAUAUUUUAAUGUGAAAAUAUUUUGACAUUUCAGAAGCUUCAAUAAAUCUCACUGCAUUUUG